AUGGAUAACUACGGCAAACGUGUCUUCCUCCAAGCACUUAUCGACCGAAAAGCCCAGUUGUUCGGCCCCACAGCAGCACCAGGUGCUGAGAAGGAUCGGCUGUGGCGUGAAGUGUUCGAAGAUUGUGUAAACAAGAAGUGCAUCGGUCUGAGGGAUGUGGAUCAUCUCCGGAAGACAACUUGGCAGAACCUGCAGCGUCGCGCCAAAGACAAAUACGAACGAAACAGGAGAGGCGAUGGGAACGCACAUCUCAAUGAGGUAGGUGCAUAUAGGUCUGAAAAAGGAAAAUUAUAACAAAAAUUUGAAAAAAUGAACAUGUUAUCUUAUAUUGAAAUUUGAAAUCAAAAAGAAAAGAGUUUUUGAUGUUAUAAUACAGAAUAAAAUUAAUAUGUAAAAUGUAUUUUUCCAGUCUGAUAAAUCAUUUUUAGAUAGACAACAUGGUGAUCAACAUAAUCGGAACAAACUUUGUCAACUCUUCCCCAGAUCACUCAUUCAGCUUUGGCUUAACAGAUGACAUUGACAUAAAGCCUUCAAUGUCUUCAGAAAAUAUUGAUCCAGAUGGAGAUAGCUGCCUCUUACCUACAUCAAGGAAACGCUCCUACCGUGAUACACCAGAAAGCAGUGCCUUUGUCAACUUCACUAACCCUUUACUAGACUUUGACACUUCCAACAUUCUACUCCAAGCCCUACAACAACAACAGCAGCAACAGGAAGAGAAAGAUCGCCAGAAUCGAGAUGAUACUUGUGAACCCACGGAAUCAGAUGAAGAAGAACAGUUGAAGUUGAGGAAGCUGAGGGCUGAAGUGAGGAAGUUGGAGGCAGAAGCUGAUAAAAUCAGAGCUGAAGCUGAUUCAGAGAAUCAGAGGAAUCGGCUACUGCAGUUGGACAUUGAACUGAAGGAGCUACAGGUUCUGAAGCUGAGGAAGGAGAUGGGCAUUGUUAAGAAUGGCAGAUUGGAGUAG